UUCGUUAAUGUCCGUCAUGACGCAUGCGUAUUUAGGGAAAAAGGCCUGAAAAAUCGGAAUAAGUUUUAACGGAUUCCCAGGAAUAAGUGCAAGUGAAGGACUGAAAAUUGUCGUUAAAUAAAUCCGAAGAGUAAUCUGAAUAAAUUAAUCAGGCUAAUUAAAAUUUCACAAUCAUUCCACACGAGUUGAAAGUGUCUUUUAUAACCUAUCGAUUGAAUAUUGUAUCCAACAUCGCCAUUCCAACAUCGGAUUUUUUUUCUUCUGUGAAAGAGUUUUCUCGUUUGUCGGGGAGAAUUUAUCGGGCAUACUGUGAGGAUGUCGAAGCCGGAGCAGAUUGUAAUUAUCGAGCCGCAAGGCGAGCUACGAUUCAGGGGUCCGUUCACAGGUUCACCUGUCACAUCCUACAUAAAGCUUAUUAACCCUUCAAAUGAAAAAUUUUUUUUCAAAAUAAAGACAACUGCCCCAAAGAGGUACUGCGUCAGACCCAACAGUGGGAUGUUGAAGGCUAAGCAGGUCCUAGAAAUAGCAGUCUGCUUGCAACCCUAUGAGUUCGUCGCAUCCGAGAAGAAUAAGCAUAAGUUCAUGGUACAGACAAUGGUGGCAUCCGAGGGAGACCCUCAUGACUUUGUCAAUGAAGUUUGGAAAGAUGUCGACCCCAAUCGAAUCAUGGAUUACAAACUAAAAUGUGUAUUCGAGAAUCCAGUGAGCAAUGCUGCACCAGCAAAUGCUUCAGCACCAGCCAGUUCCGCAAAACCAGAGUCCAACGUGACUGAUGGAAAGAACAAGACCAGUGGCGACACAGCAAAAUCAUCUUCAAAGCCAAUGGACGAGUAUGCAGAGGAAUUGUUUCAGGCAGAGCAGGAGAUCAUGCAGUUGAGGGUAACCGAGAGCAAUUUGAGACAGGAAUGUCUUCAACUCAAAGAGGAGAUCCUCAAGCAUCGAAAUACAAUGGAGAAAGGUGCGAACCCAACGUCAGGACGUUUAGCAUCAGGAAAUCUUGAGCGCAGCAAUCCACCGCUGCCUUAUACAUCACCCAUAGUAAUAAUCUCAGUCGUAAUGGUCAUAGUCGGUUAUUUACUGGGAAAAUUAAUCUGAGCAGUUAAACUGUCGAUUGUUCCAAAUAAUGAGGCCCCUCAGCACUCCCCUAUAUCUCAUUUAUUUAGCCUUCUCUCCCGACAACGCCACUUCGAUCGCCAUCACUUAUUGAAACGCAAGUAAAUCUCUGAGUUUGUCCUCUGAAUGUGCAUUAACAAUAAAAAUCAACAAAAUUCAAUAACAUUUUACAUUUUCAUUUUCUGUGGUUUAUAGUAGAUCGGAGAUACAUUGAAUAAACGUUCAAUAGUGAAGUGGAAAACGUCAGCCGAUUGAAUUCAUUGUGCAUUGAAUUUUCGUUCAAAAAUUGUGCAAAAUGUGAAAUAUUUUAUCCGAUCUGAGGAUGUCUUUCUUUUGUUUUACCACUUCACUAAUGAAUUAUUUAAUCUCAGAGUAGAGUAUUGAUUUGUCUCCAUUAAUAUCACAUUUUAUAUCCAUGAUAAGGGAUGGGAAGGUACUUAAAACAUCUGUUAAUACUUAAUGAUAACAAAAAAGAUAAUGACAUUUAGCGACGAUUUGAAAAUUUUUAGUGGAAUAUUUUCCUCGCUUACUGGAUUGUCUAUAUAAUUAAUACAUACAGAGAAACGUGUCGCUAAUGAGAAUAAAUAAAUUGAUGAUUAAUAAGUAAUUAAUGAUUUUAAUGGGUUAUGAAAAACUGUUAACGAUUGAUAUAAAAAACGAAAUAAUGUCGUUGAGGGCGUGUUGGAGAUUGUGGGGAAGGGAAAGGAAGGGGGAAGGGUUACACGUAUCAGGGGGCUCGUGCGUUUUGAAAUGUCAGAGGAGUCACUGUUACAAAUGCCCCGCUAUUUUCAUGUUUGCUUUUUUUUAAUUAUAUUUCUUCGUGGUCAAGUGGAUUAAGGAGAUGUGUGAGCCAUUAAAUUUUAACGAGAAGUGGAAUUAUCCGCGGGGGUAACAUGAAUUAUUGAUGAACCAUUGGAUUGCCGGGGAAAUUUCCGGAUUUGCGAGGGGCUUCGAACCUUUUCAGCAGAAUUUAAUCCGAACAAAAUGGUAAUUUGGAGAUUAAACUUUUCAGUUUAUUCAGGAUUUCUUUGUUAAUUAUUCAUUCGAGGUAAUGGGUGAUUUAGAGAAAAUGUGGAGGAAUAUUUUUGCUUUGAUUGUAUUUUAUUUUUAAUUUCGAUUCAUUAAAAAUUAAUAGGAAAAUAAUUCGUCAUUUGGAAUAAUCGACGCUUAUCAAUCAGAAAUUUUCACGACUCAAUGGGAAUAAUCCUUAUUUCCCUUUUCCACUGAAUCAUUAAGGUAUUGUACAUAAAUACAGUUGAAUUUGGGGAUGAGAUUCAAUGAAAAAUCGAUAAAAAAUGUCUUCGUAAAGCGAUAGAGUGGCACCAGAUGACGGUGCAUAUGCUAGUGGUACAUUAGUCCGAUUAAAGUAAAUAAUUGAUGAAAAUUUAUACAAAACAAAAAAACUUGUUUCAUAUUUUCUUCGGUAAAUGUCGCACUGGUCCUUCAUUAAAAUUUGACGUAUUGAAUUUAUGAAACGCAUGAGUGUAAUUUUUAUUUAUUUAUGUUUGUCUCAUGAUUUGAGAGAGUUAUUCAUAGAUCAAAGGAAUAAACGAUGUCUAAUAAUAAUUUGUCAGUCGUCAAAGUUGAAGAAUACCUUGUACCCAGAUAUUCUCACUUUAAUUUCUUGAGAUCUAUUCAUUCAUCGAUAAUAGUUGUCGACUUCUCCUCGAUGGUCGAAAAUUAAACGCGGAUAAUUACUGGUUUAUCUACUCCUUCCACUCGCGCAAUUCCUUUUAUUAUGAACUCUUCGUUUUAAUGGUAAUUUAAUUAUAUUUUAUGUGCAAACAAUUGUCCGAAUCAACUGUACCUCUUGACCAGUCUACAUAUGCAGAUUUUCACGGUGCUGACGAUGCCAGGAAACUAGUGUAAAGUGCUCGUGAUAUACAUAAUAGUUAUUGGGGUCUGACCCCUUCGUGUGUUUCCUCUACUUAGUGGUUGAAAAAAAAAAUAAUGCUCUGAUGUCAAUGAUGGGCAGAAAAGUAUUGACUAGAUAAUGGUUAAUUCGAAGCAGAAGAAAUUUAUAUUUAAUUACUAUUGAAAAAUUAAAUACCAAAUCAUUUACUAUUUUAUUGCCUUCCACAUACAGCAAUUAAAAAUAGUAAAAUUUUAUUGAAAUAAAAUGAUUACGCAGCAAUUCCAUUUCCUUUUACUUCGUUUGUUUUUAAAGCUAAUGAAAUUUUUUUCUCUGUGAAAUAAUUAAAUACUGAAUGAUAAAUAUUCUAAUGUAUAAGUCCUUAGUAUUCAAAUUGGCAUCUAAUCAGAAAACUAGUUAGUCCUGUCCAUCAUUGUACCCAAGAUAGGAUUCGCGUUAAUUAUUAGGAAUUAUGGGUUAUAAUUUUCCUCACAUUCUUUAAAUAAUUCCAUUGCAUGGCUAUUUCACUUUGUCCUUCACAACUCCUUCUGUUCCUUCAUUUCUUUCGUGUCCUGUAGUUGUUUAUGACUUGAUAUACGAGGCUGUCCACUCUUCAAUGUACUUACAAUUGCGAUUAUUGCGUUUUAUAGGCAAUCACCAGUGAUGUUACAACUGUUUCUGUUCUUAAAUCUAUAUUUUUCACAACGAACUUCAUAGUUGAUAAUUUUAAUUCAGGAUAGAUACUUCGACAGGACGUGUUAGAACGUCUGAGUUAUUGAAACGAAUAAACGUGUGAGCAAGUGUACAUAACUCAUAAUUAAGUAGAUGAGGAAGUUAUUGAACAGACGAGGCCCAGUGGCUACUCGAUACAACACAUGGAGAAAUAAAUUUAUUGAUUCGAGGGGACUAUUGCUAUUGUUUAAAACAUUUAUAUGUUACUCUGAUAACUAAUGAAUAUUUUUAGUAAUUUUUAAAUUAAUUUUCUUGUCAAAUUUAUGAAUUCAGGUUUUUUUUCUUCAAAUAAAAUUUUUUAUUAUAACGAAAGGGAUUGAAAGGGACGAUUUUUUUAUUUCAUUGUCACUGGAGGUAUUAAAUUUAAUUGAUUAAUUAAAUUCCUCAAAUCAAAAAUUUUAUUUUUGUGUAAAAUUCAAUUUAACAACAGCGAGUCAUUAUAACAGUGUGCCAGAUUCUUGUGUAAUAAAAUUAUGAGAAAGCA